UAUAUCUUUUUGUUCUUGACUGGUAUGUCCGAAACCCUGCCUGCAGUCCCAAGUGCUACCGCUCCAGAUCCUAUGGGGAAACAGCCCACCAAAAGACGAGGCAGGAAGGGGGUUUGCGAGUCAAGUGCAAAUCGGAAAGCACAGAGCUCCUCACUGUCCAAAUUGAUCACUGAAGCUCUUGUGGAGUCACAGGACCGAGGAGGCAUGUCCCUUGCCGCUCUCAAGAAAUCCCUGGCUGCCACCGGCUAUAAUGUGAAGAAAAAUAACAACCGCAUCAAGCAGGCACUCAAGAGCUUAGUGAGCAAGGGAGUUUUGUUGCAGAUCAGAGGGACUGGUGCCUCUGGGUCCUUCAGCCUCAGCAAGAAGGCUGCUCCUGAAACCACCAAGGGCAAGGUCAGAAGGCCUACUUCUGCCAAGAAGAAGAAGAAGCUGGGUUUGCCCAGGAGCUCCAGGACCCAGAAGAGCACCAAAAACAACAGGGGGGCCAAGCAGUCUAGGGCUGCACACAGGGAAGCCUCAGGCAGCAGGAAGAAGGCUGGAAGGUCCAAGAGCCUGCCGCAGCGGAAGAGCCCUGCCAAGGCCAGAGUGGGGAAGGCCAAGACCAGGACACCAAGGUCGACCGUGCAGAAAGCGAAAUCCAGGAAGGCAGUGUCUAAGAAGUGAGCACCUUGAAGUAAACGACCAGUUUUCACAGAA